AUGUCGGGGACACCACUAGAUACUGCUCCCGAUGCGAAAAGCAUUCGUGAUGUGGGCUUUGACCCGGAGGCCGGCGCGGUCGUGGCUGAGAAGACUCCUGAGAAAGUUGACUCAGACCCGGCAUCCAUCCAAGAACAGUCGGCGCCCAAACGGAAACCCGUGGCCUUCUACUUCGCCUUUCUGUCGCUCGUGAUCAUGGUCCUGAUCGUCUCGUUGGACUCAACAGCUCUGGCCGUUGCCAUUCCGGUUCUGACCAACCAACUGAACGGCACCACGCUCGAGGCAUUCUGGGCGAACCUGUCCUUCAUGCUCUCCGUCGUCAUCACCCAGCCUCUCUACACCAGCGCUUCCGACGUUAUCGGCCGAAAACCUCUGCUCUACGGGGCGUUCCUGUUCUUCUUCGUUGGCUCCAUCGUCUUCGCCGUUGCCCAGAGCAUGGCCGUCGUUAUACUCGGGCGUGUCAUUCAGGGCCUUGGCGGCGGAGGCCUCGAUGUGCUCAAUGAGAUCAUCAUAUGCGACAUUACAACGCUCAAGGAGCGUCCAUUCUGGCUGGGCCUCCUGGCUGUCCCCAUGGCCGCAGGCUCUAUUCUUGGCCCUGUUAUUGGUGCUCUUUUCAGCGAAUUCGUCGACUGGCGAUGGAUAGGUUGGAUUAACCUGCCGCUCGUCGCCAUCAGUGCUGCCUGCGCUUUCUUCUUCAUGCAUCUGAAGCCCAUUGAAGGGACAUUGGGUUCACGUCUCGCCAGACUCGACUGGCUGGGUAUGGCUCUGUUCGUCACCGGCUGCACCAUCUUCUCCCUACCGCUGAGCUGGGCUGGUGCAUUAUAUUCAUGGGGCUCUUGGCGGACAAUUGUCCCCCUGGUUAUCGGUGUCCUUGUUCUGGUUGCCUUUGGCGUAUACGAGAAGAGACCAGCUGAGCCUGUCAUCCCCUACCGGUUCUUGACCUCCAUCACCUCCCUGGCCACACUCAUUGGAGGUUUCAUCCACGGUCUGGUUCUAUACCCCUCAUUGCUUUACCUGCCCUUGUUCUUCCAAUCCGUCUUUCUCCAAACACCUUUGGACUCGGCUGUCUCCAUCCUACCCUUGUGCUGUGUCCUAAUCGCCUUUAGCUUCAUCUCGGGCUUUGCAAUCGACCACCUGCGACGCUAUCUCUGGCUCCUAUGGGCCUCCUGGGUUGUCAUGACAGUCGGCACAGGCUUAUAUGCUCUGUGGGGAGAGAAGUCCACGGUGGCCAUGACAGCCAGCUUUCAGGUGCUGGCGGCUAUCGGUCUCGGCGUCCAAUUUGUCGUCCCCGCCGUCGCCAUCCAGGCAAGUGUCAAGCCAGACGACCAGGGUCUUUCGGUCGGGCUUCUCGUCUCUUUCCGUCUCUUCGGCGCCCUGAUUGGCCUGGCCAUUGGAUCGACCAUCUUCAGCAACGUCUUCGCUCGGUCGAUUGCGAAGGUUGGCCAACUUCCUGCUGCUAUCUCUAUCCUCGAGGACUCGGCCGAGGCGGUGGGCUUCAUCCCCUAUCUGCGAGACGUGGACCUGGAGGAGCAUAUAAUGCAUGGCGUCCGGCUUGCCUACGCUGACUCUUUCCGGGCAGUCUGGUACUUGAUGGCGGGCUUCAGCGGCUUCGGUUUCCUGUCCUCUCUGUUUGUCAAGGAGUUGUCCAUUGAGACAGAGGAGGUUGGAAGACAGAACAUGGAAACUUAA